AUGCGUGAGUACAUUCCACUGCAAAAGGAACCCGAGAAGCAGAUCAAGUUCAUGACCUACAACGUUUGGUCCCGCGAUGACAUUGCAGUCUACAGAAGAAUGGAGGACAUCGGCGGCUGCGUGAAGAAACACCAGCCAGAUGUGAUUUUCUUCCAGGAAUUCACUCCAUACAUCUUAAGGAUUUUUCAGAGUUUCUCAUGGUGGAAAGAGUACCACUGUUCACCGAUCUCCCUGGAAGAACGGAAAGGCAAAAGCUUCUGCAUAAUGCUGAGCAAGGUUCCUAUGGAGAAUCACGCGCGCUGGAAGUUCACCACCACGGCCACAUGCAAAAGCUACCUAGAGGCCGACAUUAGCCCGGGCCUGGGGCUGGGGUCGGCGACGACGAUGAAGCCAAUCCGCAUCGCCACGACCCAGCUCGAGCCUCCCUGCCCACCGGAGUCAGUGCGCUGCAUGGAGCGCUACACGCAAGCCGAGCACUCUGUCGCGGCACUGAGCAGCGCGGAGAACGUCGUGUUCGGCGGCGACAUGAGCUGGGACGACAAGAUGGACCUGCCGUUCCCUCUCGCCGCAGGCUGGGUGGACGCCUCGAGAGAACUGAGGAGUCCGAGCCAAUACAGUUGGACUUACGACAGUUUCUGGGCAGAAAAGAUCGGGGAGUUCAAUGGGUAUACAGCUCCUGCCUCAGAGAUGAAGAAGCGGUCAGACCGGUUUGUGUGCAAGCUACAAGAUUACACACCGAAAGCAAUCGAGCUGAUCGAGGAUAAGGGUCUUGGGAUUUCUUAUACGAAGAAGUACAAGACGUACAACCUCGAAAAGGUGGAGCUAAUGCGGAGUUGUCACCGCGGGUUGGUUCUGACCAUCGUCCCGAACGAGCCAGAUAUUAGUACCCUUUUUGAUUGA